CGGAUUCUGAAAGACGUUCAUUAUUUUUAUUAUUCUAUUAUCUUUGUUCGUGAAGUGGUUCCGUUUUCGUGUGUCGCUACUGCUGCUGCUGUUGGUGCUGGUGCUGCGGGUGCCCCAUUAGGAUGGACGAAGACGACGAAGCCUCGUUACAUCGCCUUUGGAGUUUGAUCAUAGUUGGAUUGUCAGCAAAAAGUUCCGAUUGCCCUGAACAGGUACACGUAUUCAGCUGUAAAUUCCUCUCAGCUCAUAUUAGGGGUUACCUCUCGGAUCCAUUGUCGUGGAGCAAAGCCGUGUCCAUCGCAAGCUAUGUGCUCGUCAAUCGCCUUCGUACGGAAAAAGAUCCAGCGAGCGAUCCGGUUUGCUGGAAAUUACUUGUUAUGCUAAAGUUGAUCGGAGUAACACAUCUUCCAUUCAAAGUGGAGCUUUUAGAAGCGAUAGAGGGGGUAUGGAAAUCUCUCAUAGAACAAGUGCACUUCGAGGAACAUGCGACAUGGCAGUCCCCAUAUCCAGCACUUGUCAAGGCAGACACGUCGUCCCUAUCGCCGUUGGUGAAUGCGAUGUUACCACCGCGCAAGGGUUCGCGAGUCGACAAACCGGCACUGAUAGAUACACAUCAUCGACGUCGAAGUAUGAAUCACAGGAAAAAAAAAGAUCCAGAGAUCGAAGAGUUCACAUUUACCUCAAGUUCCGAAGGCGAACUACCGUCCAUAAAGGGCCCACCUUUAUCACUGGAAGAACGACGAGCAGAUAACCCCGACACAUCUAGUGUAGAAAAUGAUUUAACGGAACACGAAGCCCAGUUGUACAGUACAUACUUACCAAAAAAAGAUUUUGCCGCUCUGCUUCUCGACGUGCUUGAUUGUGUAUACCAAACUGAACCACACUUCGGCCGCAUUGUGUUCUAUGGAACGACUGACAAACAUUUUUUACUAAUAUCCCUCCGUCUGUUGCUAAGGCAAAUUCUGAUAGAAAAAGGUGAUGGUAUAGGAAUCGAUUGGCUUGGAAGCUUGCUGUCUUGUCUCAAAAACCAGCAGGACGCGACGUUCCGUCAGGAGUGUGUUACGGUCCUGCUCACGAUUGCGUAUCAUCUAGUAAGCAAUAGUGGUCCAGAAUUCAAGUCCAAUUUGCUCACUGUCCUAGUGAAAAUUAAUGAGCUCGAGGAUGAUCUCUUCGUUAUUGAGAAGCACUGCGCUAUACUAGCAGAAGUGGCCAUAUGUUUGAAGCAAUUGCGUCUCAAAUCUGGUCGUCACUCCGACGUGUUCCAUCAUACCGACAGCUACGGGGUGCCAUUUGGAGCACAAAGUAAACAACAUGUCUGUGUCGCCGCGAAAAUAUGUGAACGCCUAAUACGUCUUGUGGCCCGAUUUUCACUGGUAGCCUUACAUGAGCUUCGACGAGUCGCUUAUUGUUGCUGUUAUCCACCUGUAGGACCUUUGCUCGAGCUCUUUCAACGAAUUUCGGAUGGGGAACGACUUUACGUACUCGAAGCUUUGGAAGCGUUCCACCGGCGGACAGGGUCGUGUCGUGUAUGCAGUAAUCGUUUAAACAGCGUCUCAUCGGCGACGUAUGCGCGGGUACUGUUUUCGACGCGGUCUCGAGAGCUUGCUAGCCAUCUUGCGGUUGUAGCGUCAUUAAGCAAUGUUGACGCGCGUACAGAACUUUACGAAAAGAUUGUGAUGUCUGCAUUCACGUCCUUCCUAGGACUGGAUGAUCUUCCGCUAGUAUUUCCUUUAUUAGGGAGCUUGUUCGAUACAUUGCCGUCUCUACCCACGGAGUUUUUUGAUAAAAAAGAACAUGUCGAAUUGCUUAGCACGUUUUUGUUCGUGAGUGAUCUUGCCUCACGGGUAGUAUCGAUGAGACUAUUUGAGACAAUAAUUUCGGGUAGUCUUGUGGCUCUAGAGACAUUCAUGAACAUUAUUGAAGACGAGAUGAACAACUGUCUCAAACAGAAGUCCGACUUAACGAUGGAGCCGAUUGCAGAUCUGUUGGAAACAUUUCACAAGGCCAAUGUGUUGUGCGUCAAGGAGUACUACAUCCGAUCGCGUUUCCAGUUCUUGGAUACCUCAUAUCGACUACUUCUUAAUUUACUUGCCGAUGCAACCACAAACGUGGCUUAUCAAAUUUGCGAUAUACUUUUAGCCAUGCUCUUAUUCCUUUGCCCCCUGCAGCUAUGGUCUGAUUGCGAACGGCCCCUUGAACGCGCAGAAAUCUGCAAGCAGAUCUACAACGCUAUCCCAAAGGAUCGCGACAACUAUGCGAAGAUCGCCCUUCUCAUCACUACAAACAUAUAUAAUCGUAUCGGUAAAGCGCAUACCGACAGCCGUUUUGUUGAAGCGCCUCACGAUGCCGCGCACGGAUCCGCCAGCACCGAUGCUGCACAAAAUGGUGGAGAGCCAGAAGGCUAUGAAGCAGAUCAAGACAGCGAUAGCGGCUUGGAUGGAAUACAUAAAAUGCCUACAGGACCGCGGCCUGCCGUCCAUUUUGAGGUGGCUUCCCUUUGUCUCGAUAUGGCAGCAUUUAUCUUAACUGCAUCGCCAGUGGCAGCGAACAGUUUCACAGGAAGUUUGCGACAUCUCGCAAUGAUGUGUCUUCAGAGUGAUCAACUUUUGAAAAUUCUAUUGGAAAUUGGCUCUACCAGUCGUCUCUGUCGAAGCUACCUAGCGGGCUACCGGAAAUUUGGGUCAUACUCCGACCAGCUUACGGAGGCGCUGCUGCAUCUCGUUCAGAUCUUAUGCAGGCAUUCAAUCACUAGUGAUGAACUUUUUGAUCUUCUGCAGCUUUUUAAAGUUGACAAACCGGCCUAUGAAACACUUCUGAAUAAUUUAAAUCAGUUGCUCUACCAGCCCCAAGGGUCACUUGGAUACCCCGAUCGAGUGUUAAUAUUUCGGCCGUUUACGCGUGAGCAACUCGGCCCCCCGGAAAGUUGGUUGGCACAAACCAAACGAACUAUGUUAGAUGGUGAGGGACCGUGGGCGGAAGCUGGUGCUGCAGCUGCGCUACCAUUAGCCACAGUGACCGAUUUUGAUGGAGUGUCGUUUUCACUUUGGUUUCGUGCUGAUACUGUUGGCACAACACAUUUGGUGUCGCUAGGAAAUCGGCAGGCUCUCCUUGAAGCAUGGUUAGAGCAGAGACUCCAUGACGGCCAAGGCAAAGGGUUCGCGAUGAUCCGAAUUGUUUUGUCCACUGGGCGUCCUCUGUACGAGCGACUUUGGACAGGCACCUUACCGAUGCUGUCCUCGUUACCAAAUCAAGGAGGCCUUGGAAACUGGGCCCACAUCUACGUAGAGAUGAGCGGACAUAACAAGAUCUCGGUAUCAACCAACGGACAGAAACGCGAGUUAGAAGGGGUGCCCUAUCGAGCCCUCGCAAGCCUUGAAGUAGUGCUUCUGGGCUGUCAAGUUUGCCCUAUUCGCAUUUCCAGCCUUAUGUUAUUCAAAGGACUUGAGCGAGGCGAUCACUCUACGGUGCUUUAUCGUCUUGGUCCCUCGUACCAAAGCCUAGUUGAAUGUCCUUUGAGUGCACACUCGCGGAUUUUUGAACUUCAGGGAAGCCUGCGCACGCUACAGCGACACCUAGCAUUAGCUUACCAGCCAACGGACCCACUUCGAUUCGUCGCUUAUCCACGUCAAUCGAAGCUGAGCGUUCAGUCAUUUUUUUCAUCGACACGUCGAUUGCAGCACCUGCCAUCAGAACACGAUGUCUUCUGCUUCUCAAUGGAGCCUUGCGUCGCGCUCGAAGCUUCGCACAAUCUUCAUGUUGCAUUAGCAUCUCUCGGAGGCUACAGAGUACUUCUCUUCCUGUUAGCAUGGGUGGUCGAACGCACGAACCGACAGGAUCUUCACUCAGCAGCACUAGAAGUUGUCCUUCAAGCGGCCGAGUCUGGACCCGAGCUGCAAGCGGAAUUUCAGCGCGAGGGACUGGGCCUUACGAUGCUCGUACUAGAGUAUCCUAAAUGUCAAUUAUCUCUCUUGUUACUUAAAAUGUGCCUGACUCACUGUUGUGAUGCAACGGGCUUGAAGCUGCACCGCGCAGAGUUACUCUCUGAGCUGCUUUUGCCCUUGUGGCCUCGCUGGAGAGAAGCGGAACGAGCGCAACUGGCUGCAUUUCUUGCGCGCUGCACCCGACUGCGAAAUCCGCAUCACAUUGCUAAUGUCAAUCAGUUGGUUAAAGUGAAUGUUCUUGAUAGAUUGUUGAAUAUACUUAAGGAGGAAUAUGCUUCAGAGCAGUGCAGCCUGAGUAUAAACACCGCGGAAGAUCUGGUUGAAUUGGUAUCGUCAAUGUUAGCUGUCACUGGAUACCAGCAUGCACUACUUAGUUCACUCAUCGACUUCGUUGUACUUCUGCAUGAUGCAACCCGAACAUACGUCGUUCAUACAAGAAAUCAACGCGUAGCUUGGGGAGCCCUACCAGGGCGAGCACAUCCCUCUUCGAUGUCGAAGAACGAAAUGGACUUGACUUCAGCCAAGGAGACAGCGUUAGUUGAUGGUGCUGAUGUCAAUGAUGAUCGUUAUGAUGGACGUGGGGAAGGAACAAGGUCAGACAGUAAUGGCAAUUUUCAUUUAGACGUCGAGGAAAACAGAAAUCUAAUAGACGAAAGUGAGCAAGGCAUGUCGGCGUCCGUUUCUUCGGCUUGUACGAAUAAAGGCCGCAAUAAUCCAGCUUUGUGCACCUUCAUCUGUGGUAUCUACAAGGUUUUUUGCGCGGUUCUUCAACAGCAGGGUGGGACUGUUGCAACAUUGCGACCUGAACUUCUUGUCGUACUUGCCAACGAGCCACAGCACGAGCUUCGCGUGGCUGUCGUUAAUUGUCUAGCCAAAUUUCUGCGAGUGGAUCGCGAAUCGCAAAAGACGUCAUUUGCGUCUACGAAGAACUCAAAUCAUGCAUCGACUUGCAUUUUCGGCUUUCAACUGCUGGCAAAUCAGCUCUCACAAUUCGAAUGUUGUGAGGAGCUCCUUCUCGCAGUGCUUCAGCUGGCAUCAGGACGACAGAUUUUGCGACUUGAACAAAUGGACAACUUUCAGCAAUUGCCCCUUGGUCCAUCGUUUGCCGUGUGGCCGGAAGCAUCUGUUGUGCUUCUAGCAUGCAUUAAUCGCUGCACCUCGGCUGAUCUGGCAGCGAAGUAUGUUUCGACAUUAGCCCAGGUAGUCUCCGGCUGCCCACCGAUUGCUAGAAGUCUUGCUUAUUACAAUAUAGUCGAACAGGUGUGUGAACUAUUGCCUUAUCUAACAGGAGCGCUGUCACAGUCUCUAUAUGCGCUUGUUCGCGUCAUCGUUGCACUGCAAACCGCUCAACCAACCGAAAGUCGGGCUGCCGCUGCAAGUACUCAACUUGCUGUACAAUUCUACAUGCGUUUAUAUGCACACUAUGUGAAGAAUGAUCCAACUUCUACGAGCAUAAAAUACAUACCUCGGCUCUACGCAGGUGCGUUGCACGGUUUUAGCGAUGCACUCAAACACAAUAUCUUGAUGCACAUCACAGUUCCUGCGCUAUUGGAAGAGAAGCCGGAAAACACUCUCAAUAACUGGGAUUAUUCCCAUGAAUCCGAGGACAUAGUUACAAAUCGUCCUAACAGCAACACAUGCAUACGAUUCCCCAUUGGGCUAGCAGUUCAACGAGAUUUGAAUACGGCCGAAGGAAGUCGACUAUCAGGAGCUCUGGGGACGUUGACAGGAAGACGCGGGCGUUGCUCUCCUCAGGUUCUGGAACGGCAACUUCUGCUACUUGUUGAACUGUUGCAGUUUUCACGACCAUCAGUUCUACUCUGUACCGAAGGAUUCGCUUGUUUAGGCGACGUACUACAUGUGCUCGCUAUGGCAUGUCUGCAGGACGAUCAUCCAAGUUUAUCAAAAACUGCAGUGUAUCAACUAUCGAACUUGGCCCUAGCACUCUUGCGGCCCACACUGGACAUUUCUUGUCGUUUACGUAGUGCAGAUCUUCUAGGUCGCAUACCGAACCUUUGCGCCCUUUUUCCAUUGUUCGCUGCAAAUAAGUUGGAACUGUUGGCUGCGUUUGUCGUCGAACUUUCCGAGGGCUCCGAAGGGGAUCAGAGAACUAAGAUUUUGCUCAACUCAAUCGCUGAUAGCCUAGCCCCUGACAGUGGACCAUUCCGCUGCGAGAUGAAACGACAGAAGUGGCUUGCGCAGUUCGAAGAGGAUCGGGCCUCGUUCCUGGACACACAGGCCACGGCGGCGCUGGGUGCUUCCCAGCUUGCCGCGUCUCGAGUGAACCUGGAACAGCAACACGUAACCGACGCUGCGAUGCGGGUUACAAGGACGAUCGUCGACUAUCAAAACUAUGUCCGCAAGGCCUUUCUAAGUGCAUACAAAGGUCGCAAAUGUGUCGAAUAUGAACUUCGCCUCAAAUGGAAGGGGAUUGCACAGCGGCUUACCCAUGAAAGGGCCGUAUGGCACAUGCCAGAGUUCGUGCCAGCCUCGUGGGAGCUUGAUCCAACCGAAGGUCCAUGGCGUAUGCGUAAACGCCUCAGACGCGCCCAUCUCGACCUGGAACCACGUUUUUGGAUUAACGGCGGCACGGCCCAAACUAAAUUUUCUCCACCGCUUGCAUUUCUCUACUGCCAGCAUGCGGCCCAACGGGAAAAAUGGCUCCAUUCGUUCGAACAGAUUCUCAGUGUUCAUUCGUGUUCAAUGAUCACUGCGAGUGUUGAAACGAGUGGUGAGGUUCUGGUUGGCUUAGAAAGCGUGCGCUUUGUCCCCGAAGAUAAACAGGUCGGCGCGUUGAGUUGGGCCUUUUCAACAAUAACCGAGCUGAUGCCGCGACGCUAUGAGCAUGCUGAUGUAGCUGUUGAGAUGUUCCUCAAUUCAGGAUUAACGUGUCUUCUUGUCUUUAAAAAUCGCGCACAUCGCCAAGACUUCUAUGAUAAGCUCACACUGAACUGUGAUAAACUGCAGAAGCCUGAAGCUCUACAGGCGGUUACAGCCCGCUGGCAAAGACGUCUGAUUACAAAUUUUGAGUACUUAACAUACCUCAACAAAAUGGCUGGCCGCAGUUUCAAUAAUCUGAUGCAAUACCCUGUAUUUCCGUUCGUAUUGUCACAGUAUGACGAAGACGAGCUUGACCUUAGUGACGCGAAGAACUUCCGCGUAUUGGACAAACCGAUUGCUGUUCAGGACAAAUCCCGUGAACCUCACUACGUCGAUGUAUUCAGGCAGAGCCAAGAGAACAUCACAAAUCUGUCUGUGGUAUCAGGCCCUUUCCAUUAUGGGUCUCAUUAUUCUAACUCGGGCAUUGUACUGCAUUUCCUAGUGCGCAUGCCGCCGUUUACGCAGGCAUUUCUCAGUUAUCAAGAUGAUAAUUUCGAUAUUCCCGAUCGUACAUUUCACUCAAUGGAAACAACGUGGAGACUCGCUUCACGCGAUAGUCCAACUGAUGUCAAGGAACUAAUUCCAGAGUUCUUCUACUUUCCCGAGUUUCUUCGAAACAUCUUCAAAUUCGAUUUUGGCAGUCGACAAAAUGGCGAACAAGUCAACGAUGUACGGCUCCCGCCCUGGUGUGAGAAUGAUGCGCGUCUCUUCAAUUUGAUUAAUUUAGCAGCCCUUGAAAGUGAGACGGUUACUGAACGACUUAACCUUUGGAUUGAUCUGGUGUUUGGCUACAAACAGCAGGGCCGAGCAGCGGUAGACGCACUAAACGUGUUCCAUCCGGCAACAUAUGCACACAAUGCUCCGCCAACUGAUCAAAUGGAUUCAAUCGCACUCAAGGCAUAUCGGGCCAUGAUUAAAACGUAUGGUCAAAUGCCAAUUCAGUUAUUCACGCAGGCGCAUCCGAACGUCAAUUUUAGUACAGUAGCUAGCACGCCGUCGAAAACUGUCGGACAGCGCGUGUUGCCAACAGUGAUCGGGGUCCGAUGGGGUGUAUUAGCCGGAAGUCCCGAUGAAGCAAACCCACCGGAGUGUAUUUGGUCCAAAGCAUUUGGUCCACCCGGUUUCGGACGACUGCGGCCGCUAGACGUCCAGCGAAUCGUUGGGGUAUCAAAUCAAGCAGAGCUUUUCGGUGGCCAUGACUCGCCAGCAGCACUGCUCAGUUGGUGCUACUGCGAUGCAGUACUGCGGCUAAAAACACGCAAGGACCUGGUGCCCCAACCCCUUCUUGAUGCCGCAUACGAUCCCGUGUCAUUCGUCUGCUGUUCCACUAACCGACCAGAGCUCUUUAUUGGUCAUAGCUCAGGCCGAAUUGGAGUGUUUCGAUUGCGGGUGACACCUUCGAUCAGUGCCGUCCACCUAGAUGAUUUGAUUGGCCACAAGGACAUUGUGUUGCAUGUCGAUGUCUGCCCCGAAUUCUUCAUCGUUGCUUCGUCAUCUAACGACGGGUCGUGUAUACUCUGGGACCUGAACAGUCUCAAGUAUGUUCGGACUGUGCUGCAGAUUGGUGAGCCGCUUACAUUGGCCAGGGUUAGCCCUACUCUUGGAGACGUAGCUAUCGCCCAGGAUGUUACCAACGGUGGCAGCAAAUUACAUCUGUACACAAUCAACGGCGUGUUUGUGGCACAGCUGGAGUGUUUGUCUCGAGUCACUUCUUUGGCAUAUUCAUCGGCACCUGAAGGUGCUAACGUCAAUUUGCUGCUGGCCGGGCACGCCGACGGUUCUCUGCGACUAUUUUCUUCCUGGAAUCUGGCUCCUGUUCGAGAACUAAACCCACGAAUGCGCAGCCCCGUUGCCGACGCCGUCUUCUCAAUCUGUAACCAGUUCAUUUUUGCUGCCGAUCAGUCUGGACAAGUAUGCGCCUGGGCGGGCGCUGCCCAUAAAUCUGGGACCGUUGCGCCACCGAAAUUUCUCCAGGAAAAGCUCUAGCUAUGACCAUCUAUCUAUAUGACGUUAAUAAUUAAUUAAAUCUCUAUGACGUUAAUAAUUUUUUUUUGAUAACACGUUUAUUGAUUAAUCAAGUGUACUCAUUAAGUCGAAAGCCGCCAACGUUGAAGACUAGCGCUCAUGCUUGCCUCAAUUAAUGUGAA